AUGGCUACCCAACAAGUCAUUUGUAUUGUUUAUUACAAUGGUUCAAUUGUCGAUGGAGUUGAAGGGAAAACAUUUGUAAGUGAUUACAAAAAGGCAUUCAAAGUACAUUCUACCAGCAACCUUGCUCGUCUAAAGAAUGUCAUUAAGAAAAAGUUACAGUUCGACGACAACGUGACGAUAACUGAUAUAGUUUAUCAACACCUUGUAUUCUUUGGUGAAAAUACAACUAGAUUUGAAUUGAUGAAGGUUUGCGAUGAUGAAGAUGUUCAACUCAUGUUUGAUGUUUAUGCACAAUGGUCACAACUCGGCACCAUCAAGUUAUACAUUACAUUUGAAAGUGGGAAAACAUUUGUAAGUGAUUACAAAAAGGCGUUCAAAGUACAUUCUAACAGCAACCUUGCUCGUCUAAAGAAUGUCAUUAAGAAAAAGUUACAGUUCGACGACAACGUGACGAUAACUGAUAUAGUUUAUCGACACAUUGUCAUCUUUGGUGAAAAUACAACCAGAUUUGAAUUGAUGAAUGUUUGCGAUGAUGAAGAUGUUCAACUCAUGUUUGAUGUUUAUGCACAAUGGUCACAACUCGACACCAUCGAGUUAUACAUUACAUUUGAAAGUGGUCCUACUUCAACAAAUCAACCAUCAACCUCAAACAUGCAUAAUCCCAACUACAUCCCAUCAUUCGAUCAAAACACCCCUUAUCAACCCGACUACAUUCCAUCUUUCGAUCAAAACACCCCUUAUCAACCCGAAGAAUUAGGUGACUAUAGUGAAGAUGAUGAAACAUACUUCGAUGAAUCAUCUUGUGAUUCUGACGAUGAUGAUGCUGAUGAAGAUAUGGAAGCAAAAGAUCAACCUAUCCUACCUGUAUUCGAUCCACCAUUCCACAUAAAGAACAUCAAUUUAGACACCACAAACCAACCAACUGAAUUUGAUCACAUAUGUAGAGCUUCAACACGUAAAAAGAGUGAAUUAUGGGUGAUUGAGAAAUUGAAUGCGCCUCACACAUGCACAAAUUCUGCACUAUCACAAGAUCAUACAAAGUUGGAUUCUAAAAUGAUAUGUGCAAGCAUAAUGCAAGUUAUGAGGAUGGACCCUUCAAUCAAAGUGAAGGUCAUUAUUGCUCAGAUUCAGGCUUUGCAUAACUACAUAGUUAAUUAUAGAAAGGCUUGGUUGGGAAAAAAUAAGGCGAUCAAACAAAUUUAUGGUAAUUGGGAAGAGUCUUACAAUCAACUUCCACGAUGGUUAUUAGUUAUGCAAACGUUUGCUCCAGGAACCAUUAUUGAAAUGGAAACAAUCCCAGCUUAUCAUGAACAUGGUUUGAUAAAUGGGGUGACAAUCUUUCAUAGACUAUUUUGGGCUUACGUUCCAUGCAUAUCUGCGUUUAAAUUUUGCAAACCAAUUGUACAAGUUGAUGGGACUUGGUUAUACGACAAGUAUAAGGGAACUCUAUUGGUAGCAGUUGCACAUGAUGGAAACGACAAUAUCAUUCCUAUUGCUUAUGCUCUUGUGGAAGGUUACUCAAUCAACGAGUCUACAUAUCGAUACUACCGCAGAGAAAUUGGCAUUGAAAACUCAAAAGCUUUGAAAUGGUUAGACAAUAUACCGCGAUAA